AUGCGUUCGCUCCUGUUGACCGUGCUUUUGAACCUGGUCGUGCUUCUAGCAACCACUGGGGCAGUUUCAUCCAAUCUCAACACCGCCGUGAAUUACGCUUCCACAUCCAAGAUUCGCUUUCUGUCGACUGAGUACAACGCCGAUGAAAAAAGAAGCUUGCGAGGUGACUACAACAAUGAGGUCACAAAAGAGCCCAACACGUCUGACGAAGAGCGGGCGUUUUCUAUCUCAAAGUCUGCGGAAUACGUGAAGAUGGUACUUUAUGGAUUCAAACUUGGAUUUUCUCCUCGCACUCAGUCCAAGACGGUGUUGCGAUACGAAGAUAAACUGUUUACGGCUCUCUAUAAAUCCGGAGAGACGCCGAGAAGCCUAAGGACCAAGCAUCUCGAUAAGGCUUCCGCUAGCGUAUUUUUCAACAGAUUCAAAAAAUGGUACGAUAAAAACGUUGGCCCUAGCUAG